CCUCCCUCUCCACCACCCUCUCUCCCUACUCUUUCACUCUCUCUCUCUCCCUCCUCUCCCUCCUCACUACCGUGCGGUUCCUAGCCUAUGAGCUGGCGUGGGCCCUUCCUUCCAACACCACCCCGGCAGACCUGUUAAAAAGCUGGGCUGGAGGUCUUUGCAGUGCACUCGCUCCCUCUCCUUCUCCCUCUCUCUCUCUCUCUCUCUCUCUCUCCCCCUCGGUGUCUCUCGCCCUGCCGCUGGCCCCCGGUCAUCCCAGGUGCCGGCCAGGUGAGACCUGUACAGCGCGCACCUCCAGGGGCUCCUCAGGUUCGGGAUGCGGACGCAACACGCUCUGGGCCCCCCCGGGCUCCAGCUCUUACUACUGGGGCCCUCACUGCUGCUGCUGCUGGACACGGCCCUGGGGGACAACCAAGCGCUCUAUGAGCGGGAGAAGGAGCCAGCCUAUUGGGACGCUCAGGCACGUGACACGCUGGUCGCUGCCCUGAAGCUCCGCCCCCGCGAACACCGGGCCAAGAACCUCAUCCUCUUCCUGGGAGACGGUAUGGGCGUGUCCACAGUGACUGCAGCGCGUAUCCUGAAGGGUCAGAUGGAGGGGAAGUCAGGGGAGGAGACAGUGCUGGCCAUGGACAGCUUCCCCUACCUGGCUCUUUCUAAGACCUACAGUGUGGACAGACAGGUGGCCGACAGCGCUAGCACGGCCACGGCCUACCACUGCGGGGUGAAGGCCAACGCCAAGACGGUAGGCCUUAGCGCCCGAGCGGUGGCCUACGAGUGCAACACCACCUUCGGGAACGAGGUGUACUCUGUGUUGCGGCGCGCUAAAGCACAAGGUAAGGCGGUGGGCAUCGUGACCACCACGAGGGUGCAGCACGCCUCCCCGGCCGCCGCGUACGCCCACUCCGUCAGCCGCAGCUGGUACAGCGACGCCGACCUGCCCGCCAGCGCGCGCCGCCACGGCUGCGUGGACAUCGCCACGCAGCUGGUCACCAACGUCGACAUCGACGUGAUUCUCGGGGGAGGACGGAUGUACAUGACCCCCAAGGGAACCCCGGAUCCUGAGUACCCCACCUCCAACUCCCGGAAGGGGGACCGCAAGGACAGGAAGAACCUCAUCGAGCAGUGGCUGAAGGCCAAGCCGAAGAAGAAGUCCCACUAUGUUUGGCACAAGGAGCAGUUUGACGAGAUCAACCCCAAGACCACCGACCGUCUCAUGGGUCUGUUCGAGCCAAAGGACAUGCGGUUCGAGGUGUUCCGGAACAACACGCGGGACCCCUCCAUCGUGGAGAUGACCGAGAAGGCCAUCCAGAUCCUCAGCAAGAACCCCCGAGGCUACUUCCUGUUUGUGGAAGGAGGGAGAAUCGACCACGGUCACCACGACGGGGUCGCCAAACUGGCGCUGACGGAGGCUGUGAUGUUCGACCGCGCCAUCCACCGCGCCUCGCGGCUCACCAGGGAGUCGGACACGCUCACCGUGGUGACCGCGGACCACUCCCACGUCUUCACGUUAGGCGGGAACACCCCCAGAGGGAACUCCAUCUUUGGUCUGGCUGCGAAGAAGGCCGAUGACAGCAUGCCGUUCACCAGCAUCCUGUAUGCCAACGGGCCGGGUUAUGUGCAUGUGAACGGAACCAGGGCCAACAUCACGUUGGUGGAUUACUACGACCAGGAGUACAUGCAGCAGGCGGCCGUGCCCCUGGACUCGGAGACCCACGGUGGGGAGGACGUGGCCAUCUACGCCCGCGGCCCCAUGGCCCACCUCUUCCACGGGGUGAAGGAGCAGAACUACGUGGCCCACGUCAUGGCCUACGCCGCCUGCCUGCCGCCCUACAAGGACUGCCCCCCCAAGGAGUGCUCCUACGGGGAGUGCCCCCACACACAGGCCGCCAGCUCGGGGGGCCGCCGGACCCCCGCGUCGGGCUUGUGCCCCCCGCUGGUGGGACUGGUCCUAUGGCUGCUGUUGAAAUGACGAGGGGAACGAAAUGAUGAGACGUUUACAGGAUAUACUGUGCACAAUACAACACACACACACACACAAAUACACACACACACACACACACACACACACACACACACACACACACACACACACACACACACACACACACACACACGUGAGGACCCCACUAUGGACUAAGUGGAAGCAGUUCUAUGCACUAGAGUGAAGAUAAUCAUAUAGACAAUGUAUGUCUGGGCUCCUUCUUCCUCACACACACACAUUCACACACACGCACACAUACACGCAUGUGCAAGACCCAACAACAAAGGCCUAUGUACACAGCCUCCAGGGGUUGAUUUUAAUUGUUGUUAUGGAAACACACACGCACACACACACACACACACACACUGCGUUUGUGGCAUCACCAAUUUAAUUGGCGUAAUUUCCAACUGCCGUUUUUAUCACAUGAUAAGUAGGGGCCAGUAGGAUAAGCCUCAAAGAAUCCUCUCAUCUUUGGUCUUUUGGAUCACUGUGUGUAUGUGAGUGUGUGUGUGAGUGUGUGCGUGUGUGGGUGUGUGUGUGUGUGUGUGUGUGUGUGUGUCUGUAUUUUACCAAAGAACUGAUGACUCGUUGUUUUUCUGAUGACUCAGAGGCCUUAGACAGUGGCUACAAUAGCCAUCAUUUACGAUUUAACUCAGAAGUGUUUAUUAUAAUAAUGGGCAGAGAGGCAAAGCUAUAACUAGUAUAACUCCACUGCCUGUUGGGAAGAGCUGACCUUUGACCUGCGCCUGCGACAUACCAAAACGAUUUCUGAUGCUGUACCUCUUGACUGACCGGAAAUUUAAGUGUAGUUUUGAGUUCUUAUUUUAACCUCAUAGGUUCCAAACUGUGUUCCCCGUAGCUGGUAUGUUCAUCUGAAAUCUACUCGGACGGGGAUACAUGAAUUUAUUUUCUAUGCAGAUAUUGUUAUUGUAUUUUUGUACUGCGUUUUUACCAAAUGUUAGUUAAGUAUGAAAUAAUAAAAACACAAAAAGGACCUACA